AUGUCUCUUCCUACCACCCUCAACUAUAUCAAAUUAAAGACUGCUCCAUCCCACGAAUCGGAGUUGAAGGAUGGUGAUGUCUUUGUCAAGCAUUUGUACUUCUCCAACGAUCCAACCCAAAGAGUUUAUAUCCAAAAGGACUCGGUCCCAAGCAGAUGCUACAUGGAUCCAGUUCUCGAAGGUGAACCAAUGAGAGCCUUCGGUAUCAGUGAAAUCAUUCUCAGUAAGUCCGACAAAUACGCUCCUGGUGACCUUGUUUACGGAACUUUCUCGUGGAGUGACUACCAAGUCAUCAACGAAGCCUUCGUCUGGAUGAAGAUCGAUGACAAGACCUUCGACAUCCCAACCCAACUUUCUAACUUGGGCCACACUGGUCUUACUGCUUAUUUCGGUUUGACCCACGUCCUUAAAAUGAAGGAAGGACAAACCAUCGUCAUUUCUGCCGCUGCUGGUGCCACCGGUUCCGUUGCUGUCCAAAUCGCCAAGCACAUGUUGAAAUCUGCUAAGGUCAUUGGUCUUGCUGGCACUGAAGACAAGUGUAGAUGGGUCGAAAGCCUCGGUGCCGACAUCUGUAUCAACUACCACGAUGCUGACUACAAGGAACAACUUGACAAGGCCAUUGGACCAGACUACAUUGAUCUCUACUUCGACAACGUUGGUGGUGAAAUGUUGAGUCACAUGUUUACCAGAGUCAAGAAGUUCGGACGUAUUGCCGCAUGUGGCUCCAUCAUCGGUUACAACGACGACGACAAGAACAAGCUUACCAACUGGACCAAUCUUAUCUUCAACUACUUGACUGUUGAAGGUUUCAUUGUUACCAACUAUGCUGAACACUUCCCAGAAGCUUUCGGGUUCUUGAUUGAAGGUUUGUCCACUGGUAAGAUCAAGAACGAGGGCUCCUACUAUCCAUUGACCAAGGUCCCAGAGAUCUUGGAUUUGAUUUUCGGUUCUAAGAAGCCAAACGGAAAGUUGUUGACCAGAAUCGCAUAAUUGAGGAUAGAAAUAAUAGUUAACUAAUAGAUUCUAAUGAAUUAUACAAAUUUGAAACAAAUGGAAAAAUGCUAUGUAAUCCAUUGAGUUACUAACUGGUAGUUGGAAUUUUGUUACCAUUUUUCCGGAGCGAUUCAGGGAUUUUAGCAGAUAUCGGUAGUAACUGCUGACGCAACAGAUACGUAGUCAAGAAAUGGAUCGAUCACCUAUUAAGGAAGCUGGUAACUUGCAGAUACGAUGCUCGUUCCCUCUCUCCGACAGUGGCUUGUUAGAACACUAACAAAAACACCAACUUUGUGCUAAACAAAC